GGGAGCCUCCCACGACCUCCACCUCUUCACCUACUCUCUCUCUCUCUCUCUCUCUCUCUCUCUCUCUCUAUAUAUAUAUAUAUAUAUUUCUAAGGGCAGGCUUCCGACCCCUAUGUCGCUCCUAUUUGCCUGGCAUCUGUGUUUACUACUUGGAAAGAAGGAAAAGGAAAGAGACACGAGAGAGUCUUAUCAUUCCCCUUCUCUACUGGAUUUAGAGCUUCGGCCAUUUCUUGUUUCUCUUCAUUUCUCCCUCUAAAUCUUGAGGCGACCCUUUUGGUGGUGAGCGUUGUUUUACAUAUCCACUACCAAGCUGAGUGCCCUUUAAAAGAUUUUCUUCACUGUUUUUGGUCAUGGAGGGAGAAUCAUCAUGGGUCAGUCAUUGCCCCAUUGAUGUUGCUAGAGACAUGGGGGAGUUUGAUUCAUUUUCAGAGCUCAGUGAUGAAGGCAACAAAGAAGGCAUACCAGUUUCAAUGGACUUAGUCCUCCCUGAUGACUUGUUGGAGCGAAUCUUGGCGUUUCUCCCUAUAGCAAGCAUUUUUAGAGCAGGUUGUGUGUGUAAGAGAUGGCAUGAUAUAGUUGGUUCACGGAGAUUCUUAUGGAACUUUUCCCAUGUUGUACCGCAAAAACCUUGGUAUUUCAUGUUUACUGAUUCAAAUGAACCAGUUGGCUAUGCCUAUGAUCCCAUCCUCCGAAAGUGGUACAGCAUCGAACUCCCUUGCAUUGAGGCGUCCAGUUGGUCAAUUGCUUCAUCUGGUGGCUUAGUUUGCUUCAUGGAUGAAGAUAGCAGAAGUGAACUGUAUGUCUGUAACCCAGUAACCAGAUGUUGGAAGAGGGUUGAAGAGCCACCAGGCGUGAAAUUUUCUGAUUACAUUGCGCUGGCAAUCUCAGUGAACAGGAUGUCACACAAUUACAGUGUCUCAGUUGUGAAAUCUAAGCAAGUUUCAGGAAUUUUUUUCCAGUGGGAUGUUUCAAUACAUAUUUAUGAUUCUGAAACAAUGAUGUGGGUGACUCCUCUGACAGAGGUUUUGACUGGUUGGAGGGGUGGUGAUGAGAGCGUGAUAUGCGAUGGAGUUUUGUACUUCUUGAUAUUUUCAACUGGAGGCAGUACAGAGAACCGUCAUGGCCUAAUAGCUUAUAAUCUCUCAAACCGAUCAUCACGUGGUUUGUUGACAAAGAGUUCUAUCCCAGUUCCCUGUUCUCUUACAUGUGGCCGCCUGAUGAACCUUAGGGAGAAGCUAGUAAUGGUUGGAGGGAUUGGAAAGCAUGACCGGCCUGACAUAAUAAAAGGGAUUGGCAUUUGGGUUCUUCAUGGGAAGGAGUGGCAAGAGAUUAGCCGAAUGCCGCAUAAGUUCUUUCAAGGAUUCGGGGAGUUGGACGAUGUUUUCGCUAGCAGUGGUACAGAUGACCUCGUAUAUAUUCAAAGCUAUGGAGCUCCUGCACUUCUUCUGUUUGACAUGAGCCAGAAGCAAUGGAGAUGGUCGCAGAAAUGUCCGGUGGCAAAGAGGUUCCCCCUUCAGCUCUUUACUGGCUUUUGCUUUGAACCAAGGCUUGAAAUUGCUCCCUAAUAUUUCUCGUUUGGUUUGAUGUGGUGCUUCUGAAAUAGUUUGUCUGAAACUGAACUUUUUCUUUUUGUUAUUUGCUUUAUUCCGCUUUACAUUUAAUCAUAUUAUGAAAUAUGCGUCGGUCUUGGGAGAUUUACAGUAAAUGUAUGAGCCAAGAAUGGCUCUAUUUAAUCAAAAUAGGAAUAUUAUUCUUUC